GACCCCCCUCUUUCGAGCCCACCAGCCGGGGACUUCUUAGGAGCGUCAUUGGAGGAGUCAUAUUCGUUCCCUCUCCCCUCCCCACCCCCCGAGCAGGGACUCCUCGCUCCUUCCCAGCAGACCCCUCGGACCGGGGCUUGGAAGGUGGAGACCUCUUGGAAGCGCCACUCCUUUCCGCUCAGGGAGGCUCGAAAGGAAGGAGGGAUCCCGCUCCCGCCUCCUCCUGUCUGUCAAAGCGACCCUGCCGGACUCUCGCGGCAACUUUAGGGGCAGCUUGGAGAAUCGGACGGAGAAGCCAUCGGUUUUAUGACAGAGAAUCUGCACGCCUGCGGGGGGGAUGGGGUGGAGAGACUCCUCUUCCCACGCUUCCUUGGUUUAGGAUCUGGCAAUUGGGGGACGACGACUCAGCAUUCUGAUGGUUAACCCCCGACACACACAUAGAGCCCAGCACCCUGUUUUCAGCCAUUAUCUCAGCUGUCUUCCUAUGAAAUUAUUGUCCCCAAGAGGAUAAUGAGAAAACACCGAGAAGUGCCCAUUUCCAGAGCGGCAAAGGUCGAUUUGACAUAUGCAAUAAACGUGGAAGGAACUAGGUAUAUACUUCUUCUAGAAAAAAACAAAGCCCUUGUGCCCAAAGACUUCACAGUUUAUACUUACAGUGAAGAUGGAACGCUGCAUUCUGAAAUUCUGAAUCUCCAGGAUCACUGCCACUAUCUGGGAUAUGUAAGAGGUGUGACGAAUUCCUUGGCUGCUAUCAGCACAUGCUCUGGACUGAGGGGAUUACUGCAAAUUGGGAAUAUCACCUAUGGAAUUGACCCCAUGGAUCCACCCAGCCCCUCUGGCACCAGAUAUAUCAUCUACCGGUUGGAAAACGUGAGAACACCGGCUUUGGGGUGUGAGCUUCCUGAAGGAAGAUGGCAGGAGGCGGAUCAUCAACAUCCCCCCAGUGUGACUCAACUGCUGAGAAGAAAAAGAGGUGUCCUUCUACAGACGAGAUACGUGGAGCUCUUUAUAGUUGUGGACAAAGAAAGGUAUCUAUUGCUAGGCCACAAUAAAACGGCUGUCACAGAAGAGAUGGUGCAUUUGGCCAACUAUCUGGAUAGUAUGUACAUUGCACUGAACAUCCGUGUUGUGUUAGUUGGCUUGGAGAUCUGGACACGGGAAAAUAAGAUCAGCCUAGAAGGAGGCGCAGGGGAUGUUCUGGCGAACUUUGUACAAUGGCGAGAGCAGGAGCUUGUCCCACGCCAAAGGCAUGACAGUGCGCAGUUUGUGUUGAGGAAAGGGUUUGGUGGAACUGCAGGCAUGGCCUACGUGGGCACCAUCUGCAGCAAGAGCCACGCCGGAGGGAUUAAUGUGUUUGGAUCAAUUAGUGUGCAGCUGUUUGCAUCCAUCGUCGCGCAUGAACUGGGCCAUAACCUAGGGAUGAACCAUGAUGAUGAAAGGCAGUGUGACUGUGAUUCAGAAAGCUGCAUUAUGAGCUCUGGAGCCUCAGGAGCCAGAGACUUCAGCAGCUGCAGUGCGGAAGACUUUGAAAAACUAACUUUGAACAAGGGUGGAAGCUGCCUCCUCAAUAUCCCCAGGCCUGAUGAAACCUAUAGUGUCCCAUACUGUGGCAACAAGCUAGUGGACACUGGAGAGGAAUGUGAUUGUGGGUCCUCGGAGGAAUGUAGAUUGGAUCCUUGCUGUGAAGCAGGAACUUGUAGACUCCGCUUCGGAGCUGAUUGUGGUUAUGGAGACUGCUGUCACAACUGCCAUCACCUGUCCAAAGGCACUGAGUGCCGCGAGAGUGCCAGUGAGUGCGACCUCCCAGAGUACUGCAACGGGACUUCGCCAUUCUGCCCGCAAGAUGUCACCAUUCAGAACGGGCAUCCUUGCCACAAAGGCGAAGCUUAUUGCUACAAUGGGCUCUGCCAGUACUAUGAGGCACAGUGCCAGGCCAUCUUUGGGCCAAAGGCAAAGUCUGCUCCUGAAAUUUGCUUUUCCGAAGUGAAUUCCAAAGGCGACAGGUUUGGAAAUUGCGGCUACCAUGGGCACGACUACAAGAAGUGCUCAAGCUGGAAUGCCAUGUGUGGAAAAUUGCAAUGUGAAAAUGUGAAAACCCUUCCAGUCUUUGGGAUUGAGCCUGCCAUUAUUCAGUCUCCCAUCAAAGGCAACACCUGCUGGGGAGUGGAUUUCCAGCUGGGAUCAGAUGUACCAGAUCCAGGGAUGGUGAAUGAAGGCACCAAAUGUGCCCCUGGAAAGAUAUGUAAACACUACCAGUGUGUUGAUGUGUCUGUUUUGGGUUAUGACUGUGAUAUAAAGAAUCAAUGCAAUGGCCAAGGGGUGUGCAACAGCAAUAAGAACUGCCACUGUCACCCAGGGUGGGCCCCUCCAUACUGUGACUCCAAAGGAUACGGUGGCAGUGUGGACAGCGGCCCUCCAUACAACGACACGGAUAACACAAUGAAAAACUGGCUGCUGGCGUUCUUCUUCCUGAUUCUUCCUUUGCUGUUGACUUUGAUCUUCUGUUACUAUAAAAGGAAUCGGCAGCUGUCAUGCUUCAGGCUACUGACAGAGACUUGUUGUGGGUAUUCUAGAAGAUCAGAUAACAGGAUGCAGGAGCCUGUACACACAUCCUUCCCACCGAGCAUUCCCUACUCUCCAAAGGAUAUGUCAACUCAAAUGAGCAUGCAAACAAAAAGAUACCAUGUGCCAUCAUACACAGCUAAUCAGCAAUCUCAUUCUGAACCUUAUCGCUACACUUCUCCCCCUUCUUAUGCAACAUCCAUGGGGCUGUCCGUGGAACAGCACUGCAUCCCAACAAGGCCUCCGCCCCCAGUGCUGAAAGCCACGAAAACUCAGGAACAGAUUUUCCCUUCUCGACCUGCACCGUUGCCUCCCGUAUAAACUGCCCGUUUCUUUUUCAUGAGCCGCCGUGUUCGCGGGACAGAGCCGCACCUGUCUUGCAUCAAGUGGCCCUUGAAACUUUUUGUUUUCCCUCAGCACUGCAUCAGGAACAGAACAAAGGCAAAAUGCAAAACCAAGGAAUGUAAACUUAACGAGCAAAUACCUCUACCAAAACUCUGGGAGCUGAAACCACCGAGCCUGUGAAAACUGUCUCUGCAAGUUGUGGUUGGGCUACACUGCUGGAAAAGUGGAUCACUCUGAAAUAUAACAAUUUUUUGGUCUGGCCUUUUGUGGUUAGAUUUAAUCAUAAAAGUACUUGGUUAUGUGGGUCCUCCCCACUCACCCAGACUAUUUUUAUAGAGAAUAAAACAUUGAGUGAAGACAGACAUAACAUUUUUGGAGAUCACUGGGUCAAAUCAGAAGGCUUUACUGUUUAAUCCAAGUCUUAUCUUUUUUAAAAAAACACUCUACAAAUCUGCAACAGAAGCCAUCUUAUGGAGACCACUGAUUGGCUGGUGCCCAUUAUGUCACCCAGACACCCCCUCCAAAUUUCCAGAACAAUUUUGCAUUUUUAAUUUUCUCUCUUUUUUAAAGUGAAUAAGGUUAAUAGUGGGCAUAAUAUAUAAGUACAGAUGUUGCACUAUAAAAAAACAGAAAAGGACAGCCUGAAGCAUGGCAAGAUGGCAGCUGAGCUGGCAUUUGAUUCUCUGGUGUGUAUAGCAGUCAUUCAAACUGCAAAGCUGGGAGCAAGCCAGGCUCACAUUUUGACUGAGUUUUUUAAAAAUGUUACAUCUGUCUUCACCUGUAGUUAUAUAGAGGCAGGUGUUGAAGAACUGCAAUUCAAAUUGGACCAAUUGUUUAUAAGAACAAAAAAGCUUCAGGUUGGAGGUACUUUGCUUCUGAAUCUCAGUUGCUGGAAACCGUAAGAGGGGAAAAUGAUCUUGUGCUCAGGUCCUGCUUGUGGGUUUCCCAUAGACAUCUGGUUGGCCACUGUGAGAACAGGAUGCUGGACUAGAUGGGCCUUUGGCUUGAUCCAGCAGGCUCUUCUUAUGUUCCUAUGUGUGGGAGUCCACACAAAACAAUUCAAAACUUUUGUUGGACUUUGGAGUUUCUUGCUUGUGUGCAUAGAACUGCAAGGCACAAGGUGAAAACACAAAGAAAAAUGCCAUUGCAAUCCUAUAUGUCUUCUUAGAAGGAAGCCCAGUUGGAUUCACUUGAUCAUACUUCCAGGUAAAUGAGUAUAGAAUUGCAGCCAUACAGUGCAAACCUAUCCAAGUCUACUCAGAAGUAAGGCCAAAUGAGUUCUGACGGACUUAUUUCCAGGUGAGCAAAUAUAGGAUUGCAGCUUUAAAUCUACUUCUCAAGAGAAGAUGAAAUGUAUCAUUAGCAUGUUCAUAGGUUUUAAUGGUUUGUAAGAUAUUGUGUGUCUGCAUGUAUAUUAUUAACACAUUUUAAAACAUGGACAAUUUGAACUUUGUGCAGGCUGACACUAAACUGUAGAUAAUUUAAAAAGAUGUUGGGUAAGUUUAACUUAACCAUUUUUAAUGAAUAGCAGUACAGCAAAUUCUUCUAAUUUACCACUAACUCUUUUUUUUUCAAAACAAAGUUGAGAAAGUCACCUUUUUUAAUCUAGGCUGGUGAGUGGGCUGCUUAAGGCUCACAAGGCACUUAUAUUCAGCUCUCGUGAAUUUUCUAGAACCCUAAGUAUUCUAGCUUUAAACUGAAAACAACCACACUAAUAGAAGUGCAGAGAGAUGCUUGAGGAUGUGAUGACAACAAUCAGUGCUCAAAGACUGGGAGUGAGGAGGGAAAUAAAAGGCAUAAAUUCGCUAUGUGUUCAUUCCCAUAUCCUUGGUGUCGGUCUACAAAAAUGUGUCUGCAGGCUGAAUGAGAUUUUCAUAUUUGAGAAUAGGAAUCUGGAUGGGAAUAUUGCAGAGAUGCUACCUGUCCUUCUUCCACCACCACCAGCCUGCCGCAACUACAGUUUGGGGUUUGUCAGGCUCAAAGAUGCUAUGCAAAUACUGCUACUGACAUGCAAAUUAGUGGCAGGACUUCCAACUAAUGAUGUUGUUAAAACAUGGCCUUCAGACACCCAUGCCAAGCUGAUCAGAGCUGCUGCUGUUUCAUACGUCUCUAUAUAGGUAAAUGUACAAUGUUGGGAAUGUGAACUCAAAAACUGCUGACUGUAUUAAGUCAGUAUGCACACUCUCCAGCUACUUUGCACACCUUCCGACUGCACACUUGUCGCAACAUCUGUAGUGUGAGAGCACCAGCCUUGGUGCAAAAUCUUGUUUUUAUUUAAGCCCAUUGAAAAUGUUAUGAGCACUUUAAAUGCUAGCAGCCUACUGAAAAAUCCAGUACACAUAUUUUUCAUAACUUUUUUUUAAAAAAUGUUGCUUUUUGUGUCAGUCAGGAUGUUUACAUUGGCUAAAUCUUAUUGGAUUGAAUUGCAUCAAUCUUUGCACCGUUGAUUAAGCCAAAUUUUUAAAAAGUUGUACCUGUGCUAAAAAGAUUCUUGUAGACCGGGAGUUGUAGACUGAUUAUUAGCUGAGGUGGUGGGAUAUCCCGGUGUGCGUAGAUAGUAUAUUGUUCAUAAUGGGUAAGGACUGUUACAAAGACACGUCUGCUACAAAGGCUUCAGAGAGCAAAACAUUUCUUGUUAAAUUAUGUUAAGAAUUAUUCCCACAUGGCAGUAGCUAUUCAACAUACGCUUGUUUGGUAAAUUUCUCCAUAAUUUUUGCCAAAAAUUUUUUAACAGUGUUUGUUUAUAUUCAUAUACAAUGAUAUGUCUGCAUCUGCAGUAAUAAAAUACUUGAACUAU